AUGAUACAUAUCUACCUCUUCCUGGCCGGAGCAUUCUGCGGUGGGAGCAUUCUUAUAAGCGAAGUUAAUAGCAAGACAGACACCUUCAAGUUCAAUAACAUGAUUCUGAACAUCGAGAAGUCAGGAGCAUUUGAAAAGAACAUAAGUCAUGAGCCUAAUAGACCAGGAUACGUGGUGAGAGGAGAAAAAAACAAAUUUCAGAUAGAGUUUUUCACAAGCAUGACAGAUUUGAGGGUAAGCAGGAUGGGACCCAAUAAGAUUAAGGUGGUUUACAAUUCUAAAGAUAGGUCUACAAAUGAUACGUAUCUAGAGAUAUCGAUUAAGAAUCGUACGAUCAAAAACUUCAAGAUAUUUGAUUUCUACAUGUUGAAGAAAGCACAGCUUAGUUCGAAGUUAGACAUAAAAACUUGA